GGGGCGCUGCUGAGGGCGCGGCGCGGGACGCCCCGAAGGGCACGGACUGGGGGCGCGGGCGCUGCCGGAAGCUGGGGCGGGGCGCCGCGCGGGAUGCGCUGAAGGGCGAGCGGCGCGGCGGCGGCGAUGAGUGCCUCUGCGGCCACCGGGGUCUUCGUGCUGUCCCUCUCGGCCAUCCCGGUCACCUACGUCUUCAACCACCUGGCGGCCCAGCACGAUUCCUGGACAAUCGUAGGGGUUGCUGCCCUCAUCCUGCUCCUGGUAGCCUUGCUGGCUCGUGUCCUCGUCAAAAGAAAACCACCCCGGGACCCGCUGUUCUAUGUGUAUGCAGUGUUCGGAUUUACCAGUGUGGUGAACCUCAUCAUAGCCCUGGAACAGGACGGAAUCAUUGACGGGUUCGUGACACACUACUUGAGAGAGGGUGAACCGUAUCUGAACACGGCGUACGGGCACAUGAUCUGCUACUGGGAUGGCUCUGCUCAUUAUUUGAUGUAUCUGGUGAUGGUGGCAGCCAUAGCAUGGGAGGAAAGCUAUAGAACCAUUGGCCUCUACUGGGUUGGAUCUAUUAUCAUGAGCAUUGUUGUUUUUGUGCCAGGAAACAUUGUGGGGAAGUAUGGAACACGCAUUUGCCCUGCUUUCUUCUUAAGCAUACCAUACACUUGUCUUCCUGUCUGGGCUGGUUUCAGAAUCUAUAAUCAGCCGUCAGAAAAUUAUAAUUAUCCCUCAAAGGUCGUUCAAGAAGUGCAAGCAAAGGACCUGCUGAGAAGACCAUUUGAUUUAAUGUUGGUCGUGGGUCUCCUCCUGGCAACUGGAUUCUGUCUGUUUAGAGGCUUGAUUGCUUUGGAUUGCCCGGCUGAGCUCUGCCGAUUUUAUACACAAUUUCAAGAGCCCUAUCUAAAGGAUCCUGCUGCUUAUCCUAAAAUCCAGAUGCUAGCAUACCUGUUCUAUUCUGUCCCUUACUUUGUGAUUGCGCUUUACGGCUUAGUGGUUCCUGGAUGCUCCUGGAUGCCUGACGUGACACUGAUACAUGCUGGAGGUCUAGCCCAGGCUCAGUUUUCUCACAUCGGUGCUUCUCUUCAUGCUAGAACCGCUUAUGUCUACAGAGUCCCUGAAGAAGCGAAAAGCCUCUUUCUAGCAUUAAACAUAGCAUAUGGAGUUCUUCCUCAGCUCUUGGCCUAUCGUUGUAUCUACAAACCAGAGUUCUUUAUAAAAACAAAGGCAGAUGAAAAAGUUGAAUAAAAGUAUUAUUUCUUCCUCUCUAGAUGACUGACUUUUAUUCCUGGUACUGAUCUUCUGUCCGAUUUUACUCCCUUCCCAUACAGCGAUACUUAAAAAUAUGUAAAUUCGGGCUCCGCACUGUAUGUGUGAGCUCUCACAUGGUAUUGUGUGGGUAAAUUUUCUUCUCUUGAAGGAUAAGUGAAGUUGAGAAACAGUUUAAAGAAAUCUAUUCAAAAUUAUUUGUGAGUAACCUGACCAUCUAUUUCAAUAUUCUGUCUGCACAUAUUAAAUAUAACUGUAAACAUAUACAAUUUAGCUCCUACUAUAGUGAGCACGAAAAUGAAACUAUUCAGAAGUGAAUAUGGCCUGUGCAUAUUAAGGAAUUUAGAACAGCAGAUACAUACAGGAGAAAUACUUUUUGCAUAUAAGAUAUAUAUGCAUCAUUAUCAACCUCAAUAUAAAAAGCAAAUUAUCACAUUAUUUUAAAAUGUUAUUUGACAAAUGUUUUCCCAAGGAAAGUAUAUUAUUCACUGCUGUUAUAAACACUGCUUUUAAUAAAAAAAUUUUUGUGAGUCUAAAUGGCUAAGGAGGGAUCGGUGACUUUAUCAGUACCCUUAAUGAAUACCUGUUUUAUUGGUGACUGGAAAUAUUUCUAUUGUAUUUCUGUGUAUAUUUUUAAUAAAUUAUUUUUGGCCUUUUAUGAAAACAAAUCUUAAUGAAUUGGAACCAUUUUGUACUUUUUUUCCAAAAGCAGUUUUGUAGUCUUUAGGAUUUUUAUUCUAAAAAUCUGUCAGUUACAUGUUCCAAUUCAAAAUGUCAGCUACAUUCUCCUUAUGCUUCAGUGUGAGCAAUGGACAGGACUUUCGAGGAACUGAUUAAAUUUCACUAAUUUACAAUUAAAGUAAAAUAUUCAAAGUUAAAAAGUACUCUUCGAGGAAACAGAACUGGAUUGGCAUCCCUAGUGUCUUUUAAUGAACUUUUCAUAUGUGGAAUGAUGAGUAUAGAGAAAAAUUACAAUUUGCUACACGAGAGAAACAAACCAGAAAUACUAGCCGCCUUCUCAGAGCCUUAGAGGGGUAGGUAGACUGGUGCUUUCAUACCCUUGGCUGCCAUAAUCGUAAUCCCAUCACCACCACCAUCGUCAAUGGCCCUGGGCUCUUAGAACUUCUCACAUUUUCUCUUCAUGUUAUUUAUUUAGCUCUUCACCAAAAUAAGAAAACAAAAAGAAAA